GGAGGGGCAGAGGGGUAUAGGAUCCAUGUAGAGAUGGGUGGGAAACAGAAGAUUUGAGGGUCGCGCCUCCCAUUCCUUUCCUCUCUUCCUCCAAGUCAGUGCGUAAUGAAACGAAGAUGAACUCUCUUGUGAAAUGGACGCUCAUCCUCUUUGUCCUCUUCUCCAUCAUUCUCAACAUCGUCCUGAUCUGCAUCCACACCAACAGGGCGCCCAAAUGUUCUGCUCACCGUGUCCAACCACUGCGGGGCAAACACGACGAGCGCAGCGGCGUGUUCGCUGACCUCACCCGGGAGGAGUACUUGCAGGUCCAGGAGUACAUGCUCAAGCAGACAGACUUGGACAUAUCCACCAAUCAGAUCACCAAACCGUCGGAAAAUUUCUUGUUUUUAAUAGACCUCUCUCUGCCUAAGAAGGCGGACGCGCUGGCUUAUUUGGACGGGAAAAGCUCCAAGCCGGUGCGAGAGGCCACGGUGGUUGUCUUCCACGGCGCCAAGGGCCACAUCAUAGAGUACGUGGUGGGUCCUCUCCCCAAGCCGACAUACCACAAAGAUGUCACCAAGGAGAGGUACAAGACGGAGCUCCCUAUCAAUGCACGCACGGUCACCAUCGGGGAGUACGCCUUGCUUUUCAAGUUUUUUGAGGAGAAAGUCUUCUCCGAGCUAGGGAAGCUCCUGAAAGAAAGCUUCGACUUGAGUGUGGACAAGAGUCUGAACGCGUUUGAGCAGAUGCCCCGCGGAGUCCGAUCUGGGGACAGGAAGACCUGGGUAUCUUUCCUCAGGGAUAUGAGCGGCAUGUACAUCCACCCGGUGGGCUUUGAAGUACUGGUCAACCAUGGGAGCGUUAACGCAUCCGACUGGAGAGUGGAGAAGCUGCUUUAUAACGGCCAAUACUUCGACACAGUAGAAGAACUUCGACAGAAAUAUGAUGCUGGGUCUGUUAAGAAAAUACCUUACAAGGAGCCGGCUGACCAUGGUUCACUGAAACCCAGACACGAGUCUCUGCAGCUCGGCCCGCAGCAGUUUUACGCAGAGGGCCAGCGUUACAGCGUCAGCAACAACCACGUCCUGUACCUGGACUGGAGCUUCGCCUUCGGGUUGAGCUCUCUCACGGGCAUGCGGGUGUUUGAUGUGCGCUUUAAGGGCGAGAGGAUAGUCUACGAGCUGAGCGUGCAGGAGGCCAUGUCAGUGUACGGUUCAGUGACGCCUGGGAUGAUGCUCACCAAGUUUCUGGACUCGAGCAUCGGGAUAGGACGUUUCGCACACGAACUGGUCCGUGGCGUGGAUUGCCCCUACGAAGCCACCUACGUGGACACAUACCGCUACAUAGAUGCCCCUAUCCCGAUCAGGUUUAAGAAUUCGAUCUGCAUCUUUGAGCACAACAUGGGUCAGCCCCUGCGGAGGCACUUCUCUGACUUCUUCCACAACAGUUAUGGAGGAAUGGUGAACAGCGCCCUGGUGUUCAGGACCAUCACAGCUAUAGGUAACUAUGACUACAUGUGGGAUUUCAUCUUCUAUCAGAGCGGAUCAGUGGAGGCCAAGGUGCACGCCACUGGAUAUAUCUCCUCUUCUUACAUGAUGAAGGGUAGUCUCAAGUACGGACACCAGGUGGCAGAAAAUGUCCUGGGGAACAUCCACACCCACUUCAUCAACUUCAAAGUGGACCUGGACGUGUUGGGAGUGAAGAAUAUGUUCCAGACGAAAGACAUGGAGUAUGUCAAUGUGUCGCUGCCAUGGAUGUCUGAUCACUACGCCAUGAUCCCUCAGCUGGUGGAGAAGCAACUAAAAACAGAACAGGAAGCAGCUCUGCCUUAUGACGCCAAGACUCCUCGCUACCUCCACAUCGCCAGCAACAAGACCAACCGCUGGGGCCACCAGCGCUCCUACAGGCUGCAGGUGUUCAGCUUUACUGGAGACCACCUCCCAGAGAGCCAGGCUGAGGAGAGGGCCAUGUCAUGGGCCAGGUAUAAGGUUGCCAUCACCAAGCAGAAGGACUUAGAGCAGACUAGCAGCAGCCUGUACAAUCAAAACAACAUCUGGAAUCCAGCUGUUGACUUCAGCAAGUACAUCGAAGACAACGAAAGCAUUGAAGACGAGGACCUGGUUGCCUGGGUGACCACCGGCUUCCUCCACAUCCCUCAUGCCGAGGACAUCCCUAACACGGUAACCGUGGGCAAUGGGGGUGGGGUCCUGCUGCGACCCCACAAUUACUUUGACAAUGACCCGUCCAUCCACUCUGCUGAUGGGGUGUACUUCAGCCCGGGCAGUGAGGAAAGCUGUGACAACAACAGGAUGGCCUGCCUUGCUGAAGAGACCUGUAGCCCCACGCUGGAACCCUUCACCUACCAUGGCUUUGAGGGAGUCAUGAAGUUUGAAGAUUGGGUCUGAUUUAUUGAGCACUGAAACGCAACAGCUUCAGAGCCCUGAUGAGCUCAGACAUGUGCUUGGGCUUACAAAUCAAUCCAUCAUGAAGUUUAUGUCGAGGUUUAUAGGGUUUUGGGACAGAAAAUUAUUUGUGCUACACAUGUUUUACAGCUGCAGGAAUUUGAGUAAAGGAAUAGUUCAACAUUUUUGGGAAUAUGGUUAUACACUUUCUCUCUGAGAUUGAGAUGGUCAUGUCUGUGUGUCCAGCACAGAGCUGAACUCUAACUCUCUCACGUUGUAUCAGGUUUGUUUAGUCAAUACACAAACAGUAAUAUAAACACAACAAUUUGUGGUUUUAGGGGGUGUUAUAUGCUGGAACAAUUUCUCCUGGAGCCUUGUCGUCACAGUGAGGUUGCCAGGUUUGGUACCAUUGUGCAGGUACAGACCAAUUGUUCACAGACUAUAUAUCACAAUCCUGCGCUAUAGCAGGAGACACUGCACAAAGACGCUGGGGAAAUAGUUCCAACAUGUAACUCCACAAAAAAGACAAGCUACCCCCCUCUGUUCUCCAUGGUUCUAAUUUCAUUACAUGCAAAUGUAUGCACCAUGUAAACAUAAUGCAAGACUAGGUAGCAAUACAGUAGACAACUUAAAGCCCUUAAUUUUUUCUUUUUUGCUUUUCUUUAUGUUGUGCUUUAGCGCUGUACAGUAUAUUUCCAGACAAAUUUGCAAUGACUCAAAUUAUCACAAAAUAAUUGUUACACGGUGAACUUGGGGCCUUUCGGAUGGUAAUGUAGCCUUGAUGGAUGCAUACAGUAUGGCUGACUAGAAUGUAGGGAAUCAAUCUAUUGUAUGGUUUCAAUGAUAAUUCAAAUGAUAUUUCAGUUCUAGUUCCAACACCUGUACCCCCAGCACCAUGCCCUUUGGUUCUUUCUGAACAUGUAAUUUUUUGAAAAUGUCUUGUAACUUCCUAAAACAGCUGGCCACUGUAGUUUUUAACAAAUGUCAGUCAAACGGGGAAAUUAUGCAUUUCUUGGGGACUAUUUUCAGUGGAGGAUGAAUCCACAUUUGGUGUUCUAGUGAGUAUUUCUGGAAGCAGGACGGUGUUGGUAUUUCUGGCAGCAGGAGGGUGUGUGUGUGGGAUUAAGUCAAAGUAAACUACAGAUAUGUGCAGUGUUUGUGUUUAUGAUAAUGAAGGGUCAUGUCAAACAGUGGAACAGUGUGAGUCAUUAAGUGGAACAGUGUGGCUCGUUAUAUUUUUGGCAACAGUGGAUCUCUACACCACAAAGGAAUAAAGACAUAUCAGGCUUUGAUACACACACAAUACAUGCUAGAAGGAUGUAUUCAUCUUUGGCUUGGCUCUGCACAUGAGAUUUUGGUCCGGUCUGUAGUAAUUUUAUUGAUUUAAAGAAAGAUUGGUAAUAGGCACCACUAAAGCAAAAUACAAAUGACAUGAUAAUA